AUGGAGCCCCGUACGUCGCAGGGCAUGAUCCUUGCCUUGUGCGUGCUGGUGACGGGUGUAGCGCUGGCGGGGGCGGCGCGCGGGGCGGGGGUGCGCAGGCGGUCCCGUGACGUCAGCACCACGCAGGGGCUGGUGCGCGGGUACCGGCACCCGGACCCGCCGCACUACCAGUACCUCGGGAUCCCCUACGCGGCGCCGCCCACAGGAGAGGACCGAUUCAAGUCGCCGCAGCCGCCUCCCUCAUGGGACGGCAUCUUCGAGGCGACUCACCGCGUGGCGUGCCCGCAGGACGUGUCGCCCGACCAGUCGCGCGACCGGUCGGCGCCGCGGGUCGACGAGAACUGCCUCGUGCUCAACAUCUUCGCCCCGGACCUCGAGGGCACGCUGCCCGUCGUGGUGCAUCUCCACGACGGGGGCUUCACUAGCGGAUGGGGCUCGCUGGAGGCGCCGGCGCGGCUGCUGCGGCAGGGCGUGGUGGUGGUGACGCUCAACUACCGACUGGGCGCGCUGGGCUUCCUGUGCGUGGGCGCGGCGGGGGCGGGCGCGGGCGCGGGGGCGGGCAACGCGGGGCUCAAGGACCAGGUGGCGGCGCUGUACUGGCUGCAGAGGAACAUCCUGCUGUUCCGCGGCAACCCGGAUGACGUCACGCUGCACGGCACGGGGGCCGGCGCCGCCGCCGCGCAGCUGCUGCUGCUGGCGCCCGCCACCGCCGCUCUCUACCACAAGGCCAUCCUGGAGUCAGGGUCCGCGCUCUCACCCCUCUCGCUGGUCUACAACCCCGUAGCUACAGCAGUGGAGGUGGCCGCAUCGUUGGGCUUCGAAGGCGGGAAGAGCAUGACGGAAUUAGUAGAGUUCUACCAGUCCAUUCCGUACAGGGAGCUCUUGAAUUAUUCCAAGAGUUUCCGACCCUGCAUAGAGGACUCCCUAUACUUGUACAGCUUAAUUGAAAAUGAUCCUAGAGAAGCCUUGCUGAGCAGUCCCAUAGUAGAUGUUCCUGUGCUGUUCCUCCACACCAACCAGGAGGUGCUGUCGCUGGUCCACGAGGUGCCUCAGGAGUGGUUUGAGAAACCAGACCCCUACGUUAAUGAGCUGCUUCCCGGCAACUUGGAGAUAGAGAAUGAAGACACUUUGUACAAAGUACUAGAGACUGCAAUUCAGGUAUAUUUUACAAAGAAGCCUGACUCGAGAUAUGUGCAGCAGUAUGUUAACUUGUACAGUGACACAUACAUAGUGUACCCUCUAGUGAAGUCAGCACUGCUGCACGCAGCCCGCAGCUCGCACCUUGUGUACCUCAUGCAGUUCAGCUACGAGGGCAACCUGAGCAACCACAAGAGUGAGCCGCUACCGGGAGCCAGCCAUGGAGACAUCAUGAAUUAUGUUUUUUCAAGAGAAAAUCUUCCUAAUGUUAAUGAUGAAACUGUGGCAAACCAACUUGUCUAUUUAUGGAUAAACUUUAUAAAAUUUGGGGACCCAACACCUCUUCUAUCGUCAACAGUGCCACUAAUAUGGCAGCCUGUGCAAGUGUCCAUGGACAUUGAUGGCUCGAAGGUGAUCGCCGCCACCCAGUCCCUGGUGGUUGAUGCCAACAUGAAGCUCUCACUGCAAACUCCGUAUGCCAAGCUCGAGUUUUGGGAAAAAAUCUACAGGGUCUUUUACAAGAAACACAUCUCACUUGCUGAUGAUGCAGGAAAAACAUAGUUGUUUGCAAAAGCAAA